CCAGAUUCAGGGCUAAAGAGCACAGUCCAAAACCUUACUCUGUUGACGGAUGCGGUGGGAAAGUGAAGCAUGGCCGGGGAAGGAGAAAAGAAAGCAGUACUAGAAAUGGUCCAGGCCGACGGGGCAGAUGAGGGCUGUGUGACUUUUGUGCUGCACGACGAGGACCAUACGUUAGGGAACUCCCUCAGAUACAUGAUCAUGAAGAACGCGGAUGUGGAGUUUUGCGGCUACACCAUCACCCAUCCGUCAGAGAGCAAGAUCAACUUUCGCAUUCAGACACGAGGGGGAAUUCCAGCCGCAGAGCCGCUGCGGAGAGGCCUGAACGAGCUCAGCGAUGUUUGUCAACAUGUUCUCAACACAUUUCAGGCAAGAGUUAAUGAGUUCAAAGAAAGACAGGAGCAACCCAUGGAAUGAACAGCGUUUGGCACGAGGGACAGCGGGGGAGUCGGGGACACCAGUUCUGCACCCACACCGUGAAAAUGAGUUACCUGGACAUUUUUACUUUUUUUUCCUGUAUUAUUUAAAUAUACAUACUGGGGAGCAGGAGGAAUGGCAAGUUCUCCGAUUCCUGAACACAGUCUGUAUCAGUUUCAAACAUCUGUGCAGCUUUUGUAUUUGUAGUAUUUUCAAAUUGAUUAAUGAUGAUAAAUGUGAAUAAGUUUUGUGUUUAUCAUUCCCUGAAUGCUGGAAUGAUGAGUGAAACAAAUAUAAAACAUUAAACUCCUCAAGCAAAGACUUUGAUUUUUCUUUUUUAAGCCAUGGAUUUCGUAUUAUUAUUUUUAUUUUUUUCCUUCAUAGGGAGACGAUUUUCACGGAUGUCCAGAUCUAAAUGUUGUCUCUCCCUAGAUUGCUCUCAUCUGUCCUUUGAAGCUGUGUUUGACGAAUGUCCUUAUUAGAAGAAGAAUGUGGUGUGAAGGACUGCGCGCAGUGCCAAGAAUCGGAGGGGAAAUAUGAGGGGAGUGAAGUGUGAAUAACAAGGUUAAAGUUAUUUGAGGUUAAUCGCAUCUCAGUCACAUGUUCAAGCAAGGCGCGCUCUUCGAGUAUGGAAAAGAGUUUGAGGAAAACAACAACCAGCUGCGACAAAAUACAUACGCAGUGUGAGAAACGAGGUUUGGAGUAACGCUGUUUCAGGACUGCAGGCAUUGUGAGAAUGAAUUACAAUUGUUAGGUAAUUGCUGUAAAUGUCAAAAUUUGUCACAAAUUUGCUAACAUAACCAAAGUACCACAAGUCACCAGAAAAGCAUUUGUCAAUUUUUGCUAAUAAAAUCAACUUAAGAGAA